GCGUGUCUUCUCGCGAGAACUCGCAUUGGCUGCGCACUUGGUGAAGAAGAGGCGUUGCGGCCUUUUGAAUCUUUCUUUGCCGUCGGUCGCACUGUGAGGAAGGCCUGCGUUAGUGAAAAUGGCGGAACUCGACCAGCACGACUCCCAGGACGCUCUGAACAACGGCAGCGACAACAACAGCCUGUGCGACGACCAGUGUGACGCGAGCAUGGCGGAGGAGAGCACUUCCAACGGGGUGAAGAAGGAGAGCGAAGACGCCACUAAAGACGACAAGCCACUAAAGGAGAAAUCUGGGGGGACCAGAAAGGCAAACAGAUUCCAUCCAUAUGGAAAGGAGAAAUCGGCCUCUGACAAGAAGGGUCAGAGUCGGAACAGGGUGUUCAUCAGCAACAUCCCAUAUGACAUGAAGUGGCAAGCCAUCAAGGACCUGAUGAGGGAGAAAGUUGGUGAGGUUACAUACGUGGAGCUCUUUAAGGAUGCUGAAGGAAAAUCAAGGGGUUGUGGUGUGGUGGAGUUUAAAGAUAUGGAAUUUGUAACGAAGGCUAUUGAUGUGAUGAAUAAACAUGAUUUAAAUGGAAGACCCCUUAACAUCAAAGCAGAUCCAGAUGGAGAGCAUGCACGCAGAGUUCUGCAGCGUGGUGGAGGCCCAUUUCCUGGGGGUCAUAAUGCAGAAAUGGGUCCUGGUAUAAUGAACCUCCCUCCUUCAAUUGUUAACAAUCCUAACAUCCCGCCUGACCUAAUCAGCGCAUUAAGAGCAGGAAGACUUGGAACAACCGUUUUUGUUGCGAACCUUGAUUUUAAAGUUGGUUGGAAGAAACUGAAGGAAGUAUUCAGCAUUGCUGGAAAUGUCAAGAGGACAGAUAUAAAGGAGGACAAAGAUGGCAAAAGCAGAGGAAUGGGGACAGUUACCUUUGAACAAUCGAUAGAAGCGGUGCAAGCAAUCUCUAUGUUCAAUGGACAGUUUUUGUUUGACCGGCCUAUGCAUGUAAAAAUGGAUGAUAAAUCUCUUCCUCCAGAUGACUUCCAUGCCAUAGAAAAGGCACCUCAGCUACCUCGUGGUCUAGGAGGUAUAGGUAUGGGACUUGGGCCUGGUGGGCAGCCAAUUAGUGCAACACAGAUCGGAAUGGGUGGAGGAAUGGGCAGCAUGGGUCCAUCAGGUAUGGACGGGCCAGGCUUUGGUGGCAUGAGUAGAAUGGGAGCAGCUAGUGGAUUUGGUGGCAUGGAUGGAAUGAGUAACAUGUCAGGAUUUAGUGGAGUAAGCCGAAUGGCAGGAAUGGGUGGUGUUGAUGACUUCAGGGGCAGUUUAGGAUCUGGCAUGAGUGGAAGCAUGUCAAACAGCAUGGCAGGCAUGGCAAGUGGCAUGGGAGACAUGUACAGAGGAGGUAUGGGAAGCAGCAUGGACAGAGAAUUCAGUCGAAGCGAAAUUGGCUUAAGCCGUGGCUUUGGAGAUUCAUUUGGAGGAAUGAGUAGUGCCAUGGUUGGAGGCUUUGGUGGGAUGGGCUCUUCCUCACUCGGUCCUCUAGGAUCCGGCAUGAGUUCCGGAAUGAAUGCUGUGAAUAGCAUGAGCAUGGGGCUUGGCAUGGACAGAAUGAGCUCCAGUUUUGAUCGUAUUGGAGGUGGCCUAGAUAGACCCAUGGACAUGGAACGGGGAUUUGGAGGGUUUGGCUCCACUCCACUGGGCGGUGGCUUAAGAGAGCGGGGAAACAAAGGAUGUCAGAUAUUCGUUAGAAAUCUUCCAUUUGACUUAACUUGGCAAAAGCUGAAGGAGAAGUUCAGUCAGUGUGGUCGGGUUAUGUUUGCAGAGAUAAAAAUGGAGAACGGUAAAUCUAAAGGCUGUGGAACUGUAAGAUACGACUCCCCAGAAACUGCAGAGAAGUCAUGCAGACUGAUGAAUGGAAUAAAAAUCAAUGGUAGAGAAAUUGAUGUCCGCAUGGAUCGCAAUGCAUAAUUCCUUAUUUUGGCCAGUGGCAUUCCCACAUUUGUUCAGUCCUUUUGGUAAAUACAUUUUAGUAAAUGUUGUUAGAGCAGGGAAGGCUUGCUUUUAGAUGCAAACCUCUGCUUGUGUGGUGUUUAAUGUAUUUUUGUUAUAUAUUUUGAUUUUUAAACACCAUGUCUCUGGUCAUUCAAUUUAUAUGAAUGGACAUAAUGUUUUUAAUAAAGCCAAUUUCUCACAGCUAGUUUAAGUCUACAUUGUGGGGUUCUCAUGUGUACCUUGUUUGAUCUCUUCAGCACAGUCCAAAUGCCCCAUAUUGACAAAAUAAAAUUUUGUUUCAGUUGAGUGAAACUGGUAAAUUUU